AUAUUUGACUCCAGCUUAAGAGUUAAAAUUAAUCUGUCAGCGCGAACAAUUCUGUUUAUGUUAUUGUUUUUUUACGCUUGGACAGGUUAAUAUUUCGCCAUUUACAGUUGUAAUUUUUGAGAUAUAUCCAUAUUGUAUUAAGUUAAUACACAUGUUUGGCUUUAAAUACAGCAUAUUGUAUACUUAUUAUUAGAUUUUAGGAACUGUAAAUAUGCAGCCAGUGAAAGCAUCUGUACUUACCAAUGGAUUGGUACAUUGAAUGACAAGACGUAAAACGUUUUCUUUUUCUUGCAUGUUUGAACUGUCUAAAAGUGCAUAUAGUUUUUGAAUAAUGGGAAAUAUAUAAAACAUGAAGGGACAGCAUAUUAUAUGGUAAAAAUCCUAUGAGCGUGGGCGUGGAUUCAGUGCAAGGUACCCGACGCAUACAGCCAACAGCACAUGCAGGUGAAUCAUUUUCUGUGGACAUUAAUAUUAUAUACAGUAUAAUUUGUUGCGUUGAAGAUGACUGAAAACGCAAGUAGUAAAUUAGAAUGUAAUGAAAGUAUUUCCAAGCCACUGGAAGAUCAUGAUGUUAAUGAUCAUCGUGUUUUUAUUGAGACAAUUUUAGUAGAGAUGAAAAGUGAGUUCAAUCGCAAUCUGGGAAUGGAAGAAAAAGAGUUACCAGAAGUUGGAAAUAAAUGUAGUGCAUUAAAAUGUGAAAAAGAAAGUGUGAAAAAUGAGGUAUCUGAGGUCAAAUCUGAAAGGAAAGCCAAACUUGAAAAGAAAUCUAAAGAAUCUCAGGAGAAUGAAUGUGAAGUGCAUGAAGCUACGCUAAAGGAAAAUGCUGUUAUGAGUGAAGAUAACAAAGAAAAAAUUGAAAUUCCUAGUAUUUGUAUAGAAACUAAGUUGGAAGCAGAAGACAUUGAAAAGUUAGAAACUUCCAAAAAUUCUCUGGAAAAUGAAAAAUCUCGUGAAAUACAAAAUUCAGAAGAAGUGAUGAAAAUUCCAUCACGUAAAAAAGGAAAAACUAAAGAUGUUGAACCUACCAGUACUAAAUUACCAUCUGCAAGACCAAACGAAAAUGGUGACGAUGCUUUACCGGUUCAAAAAGUAACACCAAAAGGCAAGCGCUCAUUACGGAGUCAGACACUUGUUAAGACACCACCAAGCACAGAAGAACCUUUGGGAGUGAAACGUUCUGCUCGCCGCCGAUCCAAAGAUUGUCCACGUGAGUCUGUUUUGCAAAGUGCCAUUGCACGCAAAGAAAAGUCAUUCAGCAACUUCAGUCACUCUGAAGAGAAAUCAGUAUCUAGAAAUUUUAGGUCUAGAUUAAAUCGUUCUCCACGAAUUAAUUCUGGUGAACGUGUUCAGCCUCCAAAUCGAGGCUCUGGAACAUCACAUACAAAGUCCUCAUUAGAAAGCGUGCCAAAGUCUUCCACAUCCAAAACAUCCAAAGUUCCAAUCCUGAACUCUGCAGAUGGAGGCAAAGCUAAUCCUGAGCCUGAUGUGGUAGAUCAAAGUGAAACUCAAGUUGAAAUUCUUAGCUUGGUCAAGUCCACAGACAUUUCCGUGAAGAACAAUUCAGAUUCCUGCUCUAAAUCUCCACUUCAGGUUGUCGCAGCUGCUGGUCAGAGCUACACUAAAACUGGGAAGCGACGUUACAAGCCUUAUAGAGGUUUGCGAUACUCCUUCACAACGGGUCCCGUGAAGAAGACCAAGCUCACAAAGCGACAGUUAAAGAAUGGUGUGGAUAAUGUGGACGGUCCAAGCUCGGUGAGGAGUGGGUUGGAGACCACGACUGCUCUUCCUGAGAAACUGGAAGACGGGGAGCAGUCAGCGGCCGAUUGCUGUCCGGUCGGACAGGAAGUGGUUCUGACUGUGGGUGCAGGCCAGAAGGUGCUGCAGACGGAUGAACGAGACAGCGUCAAGGAGGUGAUUGUGGAGAGGACAAAUACGUGUAAGGCAGCUCCUCUGAAAAGAACUGCCCUGUCUGGAGACUCUGCAAGCGUGGAUAGCAAGCUCAUGCGACUGAACCUCUCACCGUCGCCAAUCCCAGCCGAUGUUCCCCAGCCAGAGGUCGAACCAGACGCUGGCAACAUUCCUUCAGGCGCGAGGACUGCGGCCCUCUGCCUGUGCCAGGCAGAGUCGAGAGUGUACGUCACGGUGGAGGAGUCGGACUCAGAUCUGUACUGCCAGGCCGUAGACAGCGUGGAUGGCCACAGCAUCGGCUGCUACAAUGCCAUCCGGAUGGGGGAAGCGUGCAUGCUGCGCGCCAGCACGGCGCUGCAGUACCAGCUGCUGUGCGCGGUGCACAGGCAGAGGUUGCUGCGGCAUGGCUGCUGUGCCGGCUGUGGCAUGUUCUGUACUCAGGGGAGGUUUGUGAUGUGCUCCUCCCAGCACUUGUACCACCGCAGCUGCAGUCGAAUGAUCGACCAAGUGGCUGUUUGCCCCCACUGUGGGGUGGAGACCCCCGCUGUGACAGACUUCCUCGUGACCAUGCAGGCUGCCAAGAACCCUGUCUUCCUGCCCCAGCAGAAGUCAGCCGUCAAGUAUCCACAUGCAAAGAUAUCGUUUGGAGGCAGCUUCCCGGUGAAGUUGGCACCAGAUCCCGACAGGUGGAAUCCGAUACCUCCCCCGCUGGUGCCCGCGGACCUGCUGAGCAUCCCGGCCCGGACCGAGAUGCCUUUGGCCCUCGACAGGGACAAGUUAGAUCACUUACUGAGUGUUUCGUCCAGCAUGCUCGAACCUGGCAUGAACCCUGCACUGUCUCAGAGGUAUAAUGUCAAGAGUCUUUAUCAGGCUGCAAAAACUGGAAAUGCAGAAAAACUAAUAAAUAUUUUGGGGGCAGGCGUGAACCCCAACCACGUGUUCCGGGAGUGUGCGACGGGCACCGCGCUGCACCUGGCGUGCUGUGGGGGCCACCUGGGCGCGGCGCACGUGCUGGUACAGGCGGGAGCGCAGUUGGACCUGCUGGACCAGGACCAGAACACUGCGCUCAUGCUGGCCGUGCUGGAGGGCCGGCUGCCCGUCGUCAGGUACCUGCUCAAGGCCGGAGCCUCCGUCCUGCACAAGGGUGCAGAUGGAAUGACAGCACUGCAUCUCGCCGCGAAGGGCGGUCACUUGGAGGAGUGCAAGCUCUUGCUGAUGGUGUCCAACCUCCCUCGAGGCUACGUCAACUCGCUGGACGAAGGGCGCUGGACUCCGCUUGUUUGGGCGGCCGAGCACAGCCAUGAGGACAUUGUUAGGUUCCUGCUAGAGAAGCGAGCUGACCCGCUCAUUCGGGAUGCAGAGCAGAACAUUGCUCUUCACUGGUCUGCCUUCUCAGGAAGUGUGGACAUAACAGAAAUGCUGCUGAACCAUGGGGCAGAUGUGAAUGUUGUUAAUGCACACGGCGACACGCCUCUGCAUAUCGGCGCCCGGCAGAACAUGUACGACUGCGUGGUACUGCUGCUGGCGCGGGGGGCGAGAACGGACAUCAGGAACAAGACUGGCAAGACGGCGCUGGACUGCUGCUUCUCCCCGGCCGAGGACACCCACAAGGCCAUCAGCCUCAACGUAAUGCUGCAGAGCAUCGUGCGCACCUACAGCAAGCAAGUCACGCGUGUGCUCUGCAAUGACAUCUCGGGUGGCAAGGAGAUGAACCCCAUCCAGUGCGUGAACUGGGAGGAUGACGCACUCAGGCCAACCGACUUCCUGUACGUGAAAGAGAACUGCUUCACAUCGAGCAUCGAUGUGGACCGCACCAUCACGUCCCUGCACUCGUGCCUGUGCGUCGACAGCUGCACCUCGGAGCUAUGCAUGUGUGCGCGGUUCAGCAUGGGCGUGUGGUAUGACGACGACUCGCGCCUCCUGCCCGGCUUUAACUAUGCAGAUCCACCAAUGCUGUUUGAGUGUAAUCAGAGAUGUUCAUGCAACCAAAUCCUCUGCAAGAACAGGGUGAUGCAGAAUGGCAUGACUGUGCGGUUGCAGUUGUUCCGCACACCACAUAAGGGCUGGGGCGUGCGGACACUCAGGCCAAUACCUAAAGGCUCCUAUGUGUGCGAGUAUGUUGGAGAAAUUAUAUCAGACUCUGAAGCUGAUCAUAGGGAAGAUGAUUCAUAUCUGUUUGAUCUUGAAAAUAAGGAUGGCGAGACAUACUGCAUUGAUGCUCGCGACUAUGGCAACAUAACACGUUUCAUCAACCACAUGUGCCUGCCAAAUUUGACGUCGGUGCGUGUCUUUGUGGAGCACCAGGAUUUGCACUUCCCGCGAAUCGCCCUGUUUGCCAACCGUGACAUUGAGGCUAACGAAGAGCUGGGGUAUGACUAUGGAGAGAAGUUCUGGAUUAUAAAAUGCAAAUCAUUUACUUGUAUGUGUGGCGAUGAAAGCUGUCGCUACUCUGAGGCGACAAUCCAGCAGACACUUGACGACUACAAGAGACGUGUCCAUGAGACCGAAACACCAGCAGAGACUAUCUCGUGAAUACAUCUAUGGUGUUGUGUUUAGUUUUUGAUUGGUUUAAACUCACUUGUCUCCCACCAAUCCAUUCAGUCAGUGCUCCAUUCUCAUCUCAUCAUGUUCCAUAAUCUCUAAUGACCUUGAUGUCUAUGUCAUUCUUUCAUUGGUUUCUCAUUAAAUGAUUAAAAAUAUA